AAAAUCAUCUAAAACAAUUCAAGACGUUUGGUUCAGUUAUAAAAAAGGUAUUCCGUUUUAAAAGAUGUCCCAAUAUUAACCCUAGUGUUAUCUCGACGCUAGGGAAUCUAGCCCCUUCAGUUACGAAAACAUAACCUUAAACUUUGUUUAGCGACCAUUCCUGCUAUUUAGUAAACAGACGCUGCGUAACAUUAUUUUCAAAUUUUGUACUAAACAAAUAGAUUACACAUUCCAAAAUUACGUAGAUUUUUGUAACAGAUUUAAUAAUGACAUCAGCUAUAGAAUCUAUGGUAGUAGAUGAAAAACAGUUGCCAGAAAAACCUAUUGACAGAGAAAAGACAUGUCCACUCUUGCUUCGAGUAUUUUGUAACACAGGUAGACAUCAUAAUAUAAUGGAAUAUAGUAGAGGAAAUGUUCCUUCAAAUGAAUUACAAAUAUAUACAUGGAUGGAUGCAACAUUAAGAGAAAUUACAGGGUUAGUUAAAGAAGUAAAUCCAGAUGCUCGAAGUAAAGGAACCUAUUUUGACUUUUCAUUGGUAACUCCUGAACUACGUAAUUCUGGAUAUCGCAUGCGUGAAAUUGGUGUAACUUGUUCAGGACAAAAAGGUGCAGAUGAUAAUAAAACCCUAGCACAAGCAAGGUUUACAAUUGGUGACUAUUUAGAUAUUUCUAUCACACCACCAAAUCGGCAGCCAGCAAUUAGACGUGGUGCAUUACGUCAAUAUUGAUUUAAGUAAUACAUGUGCUAAUAUUUAUAAGCUACAUUAAUAAUUAUUUUCCUAUCAAUAAAUCAUACAAAGGACAGAGAA